GACAGCUUAGGGGGGGCUCAGGUUUCUGCGGCAUUGGCUAUAUUUAUCUCUGGUUCCAUGCCAGCGGGGAGGGUUUAAAUGGCACCCAGCAGUUGGCGUGAGGGGCUGCAGGAGCUUGGGGGCCAGUGGCAGGAACAAGUCUCUUCCGACCCCAUGGAGCUAUAUGAGACAUCCCCCUACUUCUACCAGGAACCCCACUUCUAUGACGGGGAGAACUACCUGCCCGUCCACCUCCAGGCCUUCGAGCCACCAGGCUACGAGCGGACUGAGCUCAGCCUGAGCCCUGAGGCCCGAGGGCCCCUCGAAGACAAGGGGCUGGGGACCCCCGAGCACUGCCUGGGCCAGUGCCUGCCGUGGGCCUGCAAGGUGUGUAAGAGGAAGUCGGUGUCCGUGGACCGGCGGCGUGCGGCCACACUGAGGGAGAAGCGCAGGCUCAAGAAGGUCAAUGAGGCCUUUGAGGCUCUGAAGAGGAGCACCCUGCUCAACCCCAACCAGCGGCUGCCCAAGGUGGAGAUCCUGCGCAGCGCCAUCCAGUACAUCGAGCGCCUACAGGCCCUGCUCAGCUCCCUCAACCAGGAAGAGCGUGACCUCCGGUACCGGGGCGGGGGCGGGCCCCAGCCAGGGGUGCCCAGUGAAUGCAGCUCCCACAGCGCCUCCUGCAGUCCAGAGUGGGGCAGCACAUUGGAGUUUGGUCCCAACACAGGGGAUCACCUGCUCACGGCCGACCCCACGGACGCCCACAACCUGCACUCUCUCACCUCCAUUGUGGACAGCAUCACAGUGGAAGACGUCUCUGUGGCCUUCCCAGAUGAAACCAUGCCCAACUGAGAUUGUCUGCCAGGCCAGGCGUCCAUGAGAGCCCCCACGCUGGCCACAGAUGCCACCGCCCCCGCAGCAGGGGCUUCCUCAGCCAGGCUGUCCUGAUGCCAGAGGGCCAGUGCCGGGGCUAUCAAAUGCCAGCCUAUCCCCUUCCUCAUCCAUGUAAGGUUAACUCGCCACCCAGAGAGGGAACGGAUGCUCUCGUGUAGCUGACUCCUUACAGCAAGGAGCAUGCCGUUUCCCGGGAAAUAGAGCAGGGGACCAGAGUGCCCCUCGUGUAUGCCCUGUCUCGGGGCAAACUCAGGAGCUCCCCUUUGUUCAUAGUGCAGCCUCCAAUUCCACCCCCUCCAAAGAAACGGUCUGAGAGACGAUGA